AUGCGUCUCCCAACCGCCCUCCUCGGUGCCCUCCUAGCAGGCAGAGCCCCCCAAAACAACGACGGCCGCCCUCCCCCUCAACCCGUCCGCAUCGACCCCAUCCCCGACAUCCAAAUCACAAACUUCCGAGCCGGCGCCGUGAUCCUCUCCCACCGCUUCUACGUAAACUUCAACAUAACCUUUCCCCCCAACACCCCCCUCGAAUCCACCCCCCUAACAACCUACUGCCACACAAUCGGCACCUCCCUCACCGAAACAAUCGGCGAGGUCCACCCACUCUGGUGCAACCGCAACACCGACUCCCCCCCCACCCCGCAAGACGUCUUUUGGUCCCUCGACUUCAACGUCGAGCAGGAGACCUUCCCGAACAAGACCGUCAAGACCCCCCUCAACGCCGAGCUCCUGCUCUACCGCGUCAUCAGCAACGAGACGAGGAUGGAGGGACGGGCGCUGCUGAGCAGGGAGGACAUGCCCAUGGUUGGCGAGAGCUACCCCAGGCAGAUCUACCAAGGCCCGGGGAAUUUCAGCGUCAAGGGGAGGAGGGUUAGUGGGGGGAGGGGGUUUAUUCCCGGGGAUGGGGACGGGGACGAUGCUUGA